GUAAUUCGUGGGGUGCGAAUCAGAGUGGUUGUUGUCAUCUAGCGGACUUCGAAGUUUCCAGUCAACCCUCUUUCUCCAAUCAUUGAAGAUGAACUAACAGUCGAAGAAAGAUGUUAUCUUGGUGUAAAAUAUGACUGAUUUAAGAAUGGAGCCAGACGAGUUGUUGGGACAAAACUAAAGGCCUCGUUUAGAGGGUUGUAAAGUCACGUCGUGUAAAAGCACGAGAAACGAAGAACAGAACACUUAACCUCGAUCGCUCAAAGUGCCAAAAGCGCUUUCGUUUCACGCGAUCUCGAAGGUGAAAUAAUCGUGAAAAUUAUUACUCAACUAUAGAGAGAGAGAAAAGAGAAGGAAUUUAGUCGCGCGCAUUUAUAAUGUGGCAUUAUACUCCUUGAAUUUCCCAUUUUGACUGAAAUUACAACAUCGAUCUAUAUAAUCGUUAUAUAUAUAUAAAAAAAUUCGUGUUGAAAUUCUAUAUAUAAAAGUUUUAAACAGUUAAUUAUUAUCGUAUAGAAUUAAUUAAUUAAUUAAUUCGUAUUCGUGUAUAGAAGUGUUACAGUGUUUACGUGUUCAUUGUUAAUAAUUAGAAAUUAUAUCUCCGUCCUGAUAUAUAAAUAUAUUUAAAUGAUGAACCAAAUUAAUCAGUCAUCAUCGAAGAGGAACAUUUCAAUAAUUGUGAGUGAUUUGGGACUAAGAGAAUUAAUUUUCAAAACGACAAGAAAGAGUGAAGGAGAUUGCUGUAUAUUGGAGGAUUAUUAAAAGAGCCUCGUGACGGAGGGCCUUCGUACGGCCCUGGCGCGGCUGCGGCACUGCACCCCUUCCGGGGGUUCCCUGCCAAAUACCCCGAAUCCACCCUCAACCCCGGAGCACAGAGCCCACGAAUGCUCUGAUAACCGGGGUUCUAUUGGCAAGGUGGUCAAUUUAAAGGGUAACGGGUGUGAUUCGGGGAAUUUAGCAACGUCGCAGUCGUCGCGUAAUCAACAUGGGACUGAAAAUUCCCGCGAUGGAGAUCUAUUGUCUCAAGCAGCUUCCGCUUUACGGAGAUUUCAUUUUAAGACUGCUGGCACCCGUAGUUGCAGAGCGGUACCCCAGGUGGUGGUUAUGGGAUCGAGUACCGCAUCCGAAACUACAAUCAACACCAGUACAGACAGUGCAAACACCAUGAUGACCUUGGUAACGAAUACAGAUGGAGAGCAACACGACGAUAGUUUAGACCUUGUUGAUGUUCUUCCAGAAAUGUCACCUCCACCCACUUCAAAUCCUUCACAGACCAAUCCCUCGCACUCGACGAAUAAUCAGCCCCAAGGGAUAAAUUCCAACCCCGUAGAAAAUGGCACGACAAAUAAUCAUCAUAAUUCAAAUAAUAAUAAUAAUAACAAUAACAACAACAAGACCAAUGGCACAAUAAAUGCACAACUUAGCACUGCCCCCAAAACUCAGGCACCAAAUUUAAAUAGUAGCGUCCUAGAUGGUCCCGGUCCACCACCACCCACUCCUUUGGUUGGCGCUCAUCAAGAAUCCAGGUUUACCUUCAUUAGUGGAAGAACACCACCCCUACCAGAUCUCAGAGCAACAGAGUUCUUUAGUACUCCAGUGAGAGGAUCGGUGGACGCUGGCCAACCAGAUCCAAACCAGAUCAAUUCUCUUAUGUCAUUUGUUGCUGCCAAAGAAAAAGAGAAGGAAAAUUCGUGCACUAGUUUAGUAAAUUACAUAACAUCAAAUGAAUCAUCGAGAAAAAAUUCUCAAACAACACCUGAAUUGGAAAAAGGUGCAAUUGAUGCAAAAACAAAUCAGAAAACUAUAAAACCAAAUAUAAAUGUAACCACGAAUCCAUUAGAUAUUUCAUUGUGUUCACAAACUCCAUGCAACACUCAAACAUCGAUCGUUGGUUCUAGAGGUCGAGGCAGAACGGCAGAAUCUCAUCCCCUCGUUUCAGCCAUUCAUACAUGGGUCAGGCUCAUUUUCCCGUUUUGCGCAAUAGGCGGAAAUACCGGUGGGACCAAAAGAACAGCUCAAGCCACAAUUGUGGUUCAGCAACCUUCACUUUCGCUGGAUGCACCUGCAGCCACAAUACUUUUACGUACCGACUCGGAUGCAAUGCGUCGUGAAGAAAAUAUGCGUCAACUUCUCGACGUUGCUAACACCUUGACUUUCCAGGAGAUUCAUGACAUCGAGAUGAGAUAUUGCAGCCCUCAUCAUAGUCGUUCACAAUCUGUGAAAACACCCGGAAGUCGAGCAUCCGGACGUCCAAAUUAUCUAUGCUUACCCCAACAGAGGUCACGAGUUGCAAGUAUGCCAAAUACGGGAGUUGAGGAAGAAUAUUAUCGACUGAGGCACUUUAGCAUAACCGGAAAAGGAGUAGUAAAUAGAGGUGAUUCCCUAAAAAGCCGGCGGUCACGUUCAAACAAUAGCGUCGCUUCCAGCAAUUCGAGCACGGAGCAUUUAACGGCUUCAUAUCCAGGGUCUGCGAGAAAUUCAGCAGCAAAUUCUUUGGCCAGUUCACGAGAAAGUAGUGCUUCCCAGGGUCCUGCUCCCUUUCGGGUUUUAAUGCUCGGAGCUUCAGCAGUUGGAAAAAGUUCACUCGUCUCCCAAUUUAUGACUUCCGAAUAUUUACACGCCUACGAUACAUCAAUUGCAAUAUGUGUUUCAGACGACGAGUCUGGUGAAAAAACGGUCAGCGUCCUGUUAACUGAUGAGGAAUCGGAACUCACAUUCAUCGAUCAUCCAUGUUCCGAGAUGACGCCGGAGAAUUGUAUAGCAACUUAUGAGCCACACGCCUACUGUGUUGUUUAUUCAACAACCGAUAGGUCGUCGAUUCAGAUGGCUGAAGGAGUCCUUCAAACGCUUUGGCGCAGCGAUCAUGUAUCCGCACGAGCAGUUAUCCUCGUUGGAAACAAAAUUGACCUAGUCAGAUGCCGAUUGGUGUCGACUGAAGAGGGUAAAUCCAUGGCCUGUUCAUUCGAUUGCAAGUUUGUAGAAACCUCUGUCAUGAUCAAUCACAAUGUGGACGAGCUUCUCGUGGGACUUUUGACUCAAAUUCGACUGAAAUUAGAGAAUCCUGAACGUACACGUGACCUAUUUCGUAAAAGAUCCCGCAAGAAUCGCAGUCGAUCACCAUUGGGAUCGUGUUCAGAAAAUAAUUCACCAAAAAAAUAUCGUGGCAGUCGAACAAGCACAAGUCUCAAAGUGAGAAAUUUAUUGGGUAAAGUAUGGGCAAGAGACAGCAAAUCAAAGAGCUGCGAAAAUUUACACGUACUGUAAUACUAAAUAAUAAGAAGAAAAAGAAAAAUAUCUCUAUAUAUAUGUGUAUGUACUGAUUGUAUGAGCUGGCUGAACUUUUUCCACGUCGCGUCUUUCCAUGGGGACUGAAAACCAACUUCGUUUGCAGAUUACAUUCAUGAGAAAUCAUCGGCGACAUUUUACCUCUCCUGAAUUGACAGAUAAUAAAUACACAUCAGAAUCUGAAAACUAGGAUUUAUUUUUCAUGAGGAAUUCAAAAGAGAAGAUGAAUAGAUAUCGCCUGCAAUUUUAAUCAACGGUCAUAUAAAAAAAGAGUUAAAAUAAUUUUACAUUUUUGGCAUUAUUAUUUUGUUCAAAAAAACAAUAUUUGUAAAAAAAAUUAAUUUUAAAUGAAUAAUAAUUAAAUCUAGUUUCUUACUAUUAAUAAUGAAGUAUUUCGUUACAUAAUAGAUUUAAUAUUCGUUUUUUGACAAAUAUAAUAUUUGCAUUGAAUCAGCAUUUUUUUGCCAACUGUUCAUGUGGAAGAUUUUUCCUUGAUAUACAUAGUUAAGGAGAGAAAAAGAAUGUGUGCUAGUCUGCAGAUGUGAUAUUCUUUUUCUUGUUCCAGUUUUCAUGUCUUUUUGAAGCGCUUCCCUUCUUACUUUCCAAAAAAAAAAUAUAUUCAGCGCUCCAAGGCAAUUUCGCGAUUUUACUUGUAUAAAAGUAGUUCAAAAAAUUGGGCGAAUAAAGAAAAAUAUUAAAACAGAGACUAUAAAUAUACGCUCGCCUUCCUACGAGUCGGUAUUGAUUUCGAAUUGUCAAAUUCGAUUGUUUAAUUAAAAGAAGAAAAAAAAACCCGGAAAUUAGCGAGGUCCAUAAAAAAAAACACAAUUAAAAAUUAUUUUCACAGCUAUUUUAAAGUAUGUAUAGAAAAAUUAGAAAUCUAUUUAACAAAAAAAAAAAUCAGAAAUAAUAAUGGGUACCCGAAAAUUAUACCCACUGUAUUUUUUAACCCUUAAUCCAUUUUUGAAUACGCUUUGAUCUAUAUAGAUAACCCUAUAUAUGUAUAUCCCCCAAAAAAAGAUUGUCGAUAAUUAAUCGACGACCAAAAAAAAAGUCAUUUUUUGGUCAAAUCCAGGUUAUAACCACACGUAUGAAUUUACACAAUUUUUUACAUUACUAUUUUGUACGUCGACAGAUUAAUAUACCUAUAAUUAAUAAAAAAAAAACAAAAAAAACGUGUUGUUGGUUUCAAGAAACGGACGAAAGGAAAUUCAUUUUUUGUGAAAUCACGUUUUUAAAAAAUCGUUUAUUGGAAAUCCUAUAUAUAUAAAACUCGAGGAAAUUAUAUAAUGAACGAGCAAUUUUAGAUAAAUAUAAAUUUUUUGAAUUUAAUGCGAGCAUGCGAGGUCCACUAGUUAAUAAGUGUAUAUUAUAUCACGCAAUAUAACACCAUAUGAAUUAAUAAUAAUAAUAAUUAUAAUAAUAAUAUUAAAAAAUUUUCAUUGAAGCUGGAUAUAUUUGAUUAAUAAAAAAUGAUAGAUAAUCAGAAAUGUUAUUUGGAAUAAUUGCUAUUUAAUUACUAUAUUAAAAAUAGUAAAAUGUAUUAAAUUUUCAUUCUUUAAGAAAAACUUUGAUGGCCUAUUUUUCAAUUAUUUAUUUUUUCAUUCAUUUUAUUAUUAUUAUUACAUUUCUGAUUAGGUAACAUUCUCUCGAAUGGAAUUUAGAACAGUAUUUGAAGAAAAAAUAAAAUCCAUUUACAAGACUUAAUAAACUAUAUAAAAAAAUACGUUAAAGGCUCUCAAUGUAUUUCUUAAUAGAUAGAUCAUCGAGUGUUCCGUUUCGCUGUUACAUUUAUUGUAAAAAAAAUUCCUUUCUUUAGAAAAGGAAACAAUUGACAAUUGUCGACAUGUUUGUUAGCUUAGAUUUCGAUGCACAGUGCGUGUUUUCUGUUUAAAAUUCUUUCAUAUCAUUAAAGCUCGACUCUCUCAUUUAUAAUUAAAAAAAAAAAUUUUUUUUCUCUAAUCGAACAAAUUUCAAUAUACAAACGUAAAUUAAAUUUUUUUUAAUGAAAAUGCCAGUCUUUUAUUUUAUCUGACAAAGCUAAGUUUUUUUUCGUUUUAUUAUAAUAUGAAACGGGUGACAAAAUUGAAAGAGAAUGAUGAAAAGAGAAUUGAAGAAAUUUUUACAAAUAUUAUUAAAAAAAAAUAUCCUACAACAUGUUGUAGACAAGCAGUCAAAGGGAAUGCUUUUCUUGCUUUUCUGUUUAUAUUUUCAAACUGAACAACAUCCAAUUUCUAAGCCGCCAAUCAUUUUGCAUUUCACAUUUCUAAAAAAAGAGACCGUAUUCAAAAAUCUGUGGAAAAUUCUCGAGGGAGGUCUGAAAAUUUAUAGCUACUUGUAAUUUUGCUUGUAUAGCAUGAGCGCAAAAAAAGAAAACAGAGAAUGAAAUUCUACAAAUUCCAAGAAUUUUCUUGAUGAGCGAGUCUGGCUUUUAUGUAUAUGUAAAACUAUGGUCCAUUGUUUUUUAAAACCGGAAACUAAAUAUUUUUUCUAUUAAAUCUAUAAUUAAAAAUAUUUUUUGGAAAUUUUUCAUUUUUUUAAAAAAUUAAAUCUUAAUAAUACUAAUUUUAGUUUUCAAAAUGUAAAAAAUUGUUUUCAUUUCUUUAAAAUGGACCCUAGUUAAAAAAAAAAAAGAAGAAAAAUUUUAAACACAUAUUAAAUAUAGCUGUGAGAAAAAUGCGAAAAAAAAUUUUAUAAUCAAAAUAAAAUGUAAAAUUUAGUCCGAUAGACUAUUUAUUAUAGAAUAGUUUUUUGCGGGCUUGGCCUUUUUUACAAUCUUUAAAUAUUUUGCCAGGCUAGAGCCCGUUUUGUGUUCCUAAUUGCAUUAUAUACGAGCAAAAAUGUGUACAAAGCCAACAAUUUUUUGCGAAGCUUAAAAAACGAAUGAAGUUUACAUAAUAAUACUAUAGAACAUUUUACGAUUUCUCAAAAUUUCCAUCAAAAAUAGAAAAAAAAAGUUCGCCACUUGAAGAAAUAAAGCAUCAUUUUUUUUCAAAAGAAAUUUUUUAUUUCAAAAAAAAAAAAAAAAAAAAAAUGCAGUGAAUUCAAUUUUCAAAAAGACUGAAAUUUGAAAAUGAAAUUUAAAUUAUAUUUGAAUAAAAAUUGUUGUCCUUGAAAAUUUGUAAAGAAAAAAAAAAGGUUUCAUUCAACAAACAAAUAUGAAUUAAUUUGUUUAAAUUAUACAAUAUUCGAGUUUUAAGAAAACAAAAGGUUUGUGUGACAUAAAAAAAAAUAGCAAACGCUUUCCUCUCUUUAAAAAUUUCUAGAUUUCUUUUUUAUAUUUUAUUUACUUUAUAAAUAAUUUUAAGAUAAAAGCGUUUGGAUUAUUUUUUUUGCAUUUUAAGGAAAAAAAUCGCAAAACAUAUCGUAACGCAAAAUAUAAUGCGUUCGAUAGUGAAACGAUGAAAUAUUUAAUAAAAUGUUAUUAGCAAUAGAGUCGGUAUUAUGAUCUUAUAACGAAUUAAGUGAAUCAACUGAAUUACAUACAUAUACAUAUAAAAAAAACAAUGGUGAGUGGAACAAGUAGUAUAUAUUCAUUCAAGACUUUAUUGCUUGAUUUUUUCGAUCGAACUAAAUUCACAAAUUUAUUGAUUUGAAAAAGUGAUUUUCAUGAUUUUCAUUUUCCAUUUAUCAUUUACUAAUAUUAAAUUUUUAUUAAAGAAACUAAGAAAAAUUAUUAUUUUAUAUUAUUUUUAUAAUAUAAAAUAAUAUAUUAUACAAUUCAUUAACGUAUUUUUAAACAUACUUUAUUUUCUUACGACGUCAUUAUUUAGAAACUAUAUAUAUUAUUUAGAAAUAUGUUAAUGACUUCCGAAAAAGAUUUUUUAUAAUAAUUUCUAAAGAAUUAUAAAAAGUGCAAUAGAAUGGAAAAAUUAAGAGUUCGGUCGAAAAACGCACUAUAAGUUUAAAAAAAAUCAGAGAGAGUGAGAGUGAGUGAAAGAGAGCAAAAAAAAUGGGAUUCGAGUCAAUUGAUAUUUUUUCAAACUGAAAUGGAUUUGAGACAUACUUCAAAAGUGUGUCAAGUGUCAGAAUACGUACGAUAUUGUAUAUAAAUAAUAAUAAAUGGUUACAAAACAC